UCCGGGGCGGAGGCGAGGGAGGCGGAAGUGUGGUGUCCUGGCAGGUGGCUGUUGUCUGUGGGCCGUCCGUGGGAGGCUCCCGAGGUGGGGGCCGGGUCGUCAUGGCUGCAGCGGCGGCCGGGGCCGGGAGCGGGCCCUGGGCUGCCCAGGAGAAGCAGUUCCCGCCCGCGCUGCUGAGUUUUUUCAUCUACAACCCGCGCUUCGGGCCACGCGAAGGAGAGGAGGAAAAUAAGAUUUUAUUUUAUCAUCCAAAUGAGGUGGAAAAGAAUGAAAAGAUUAGAAAUGUCGGAUUGUGUGAAGCUAUUGUACAAUUCACAAGGACCUUUAGCCCAUCAAAACCUGCAAAAUCUUUACAUACCCAGAAGAAUAGACAGUUCUUCAAUGAACCAGAAGAACAUUUCUGGAUGGUCAUGGUUGUUCGGAAUCCUAUAAUUGAAAAACAGAGUAAAGAUGGAAAACCAGUUAUUGAAUAUCAAGAGGAAGAGUUGUUGGACAAGGUUUAUAGUUCAGUGCUACAGCAGUGCUACAGCAUGUACAAGCUUUUUAAUGGAACAUUUCUGAAAGCCAUGGAAGACGGAGGCGUCGAGCUUCUGAAAGAAAGAUUAGAGAAAUUCUUCCAUCGGGUAAGUACUUUGAAUUUCAUUUAUAACUUCAGUGAGCAUUCAGCAGAUUUUUAGAGAAAUAUGGACAGA